AUGUUGAUCAUCUUAGUCCUCAUCAUCCUUUUCCAUUUGGCUGCAGCCGUUCUCCUCUUUGUUGCAACCAUACACAACGCGUGGUGGUUGGUGUCACCACCAGGACGGGAUGUACUCUACUCGGACCUCUGGUACACUUGCAACAACACUUGCUUUCCUAUUGCAAGGAGCCACACUCCUGAUGCAGCCUACCUGCAGACGGUCCAGGCCACCAUGAUCCUGGCCACCAUUUUGUGCUGCAUCAGUUUCUUCGUCUUCAUUCUCCAGCUCUUCAGGCUCAAGCAAGGAGAGAGAUUUGUCUUUACAGCCAUUAUUCAGCUGUUAGCUUCUGUGUGCGUGAUGAUAGCAGCCUCCAUUUACACAGCUCAGAACAAGUCCUUCCACCAUAUCAGUCUCCACGAGGGCUCGUACGGAUCCUCCUAUAUUUUGGCCUGGGUCAGCUUCCCAAUGACUCUAAUCAGUGGCCUCAUGUAUCUGGUGCUUAGAAAACGCAAGUAG